UCGGGAACAUGGAUAAAAAAAUUGAAUGGUUUUUUCUCGGUUUUUAAAAUUUUGUCGAUUAUGUAUUGCUUUGAACUUCGUGCGCGGCGGAUUUCCAUAUGAAAAGUUCCACGACUGCUGCAAACUUCGGGCAAUCCGAUAUUUCCUUCUCCAAAAGAAAGAGAAAGAGUGUAAAAACCGGUGCCUGCCGUCAAUUUUUUUCUUUACAAAACCUCUUUGACUCUCAUGUGGCAGAUUUUUAACGUUGGUGAAAGUUUGACAAGAAACAGUGAUAAAACUCGGUGAAAAACGGAAAUAUAUCCUGAAAAAUGGGUAAAGCGAAAAAAGGAAAACGUUCUGGCAAGGAUGACGAUAUAGAGAGCGACAUAGAUGUAGAAGAGCAAAGCACAAUAGAGUCUACAAAAAGCAAAAUGAAGGAUAAAAAGAAAAAUAAAAAAGGGGAUGAUGUUGAUGACUUGGCCGAUGAGCUCCAGGAGCUCAAAGUGGAAAAGAAUAAGGCUGGAAAGAAGAAGUCCAAAAGAGGAGGUCAGGCUGAUUCGGAUGAUGAUUCAGUUUCGCUGCGAUCAAAAACAAAAGGAAAAAAAAAUUUAGAAGAUGAUGAGUCUGAUGCAGAAUCAGAGAAUGAAAGAUCCAAAGCCAAAUCCAAAGGUAAAAAGAAUCAAGGUAAAAAAGGAUUUGCUGCUUUAGAUCUGGGUUCUGAAGGUUCUGGCUCUGAUGAGCGUUCUGAAGAGAAAGUUCCAAAGAAUCAGAAAAAGAAUAAGAAAAAAAACAGGAAAACAGCAGACUCGGAGGAUGAUUCUGAGGGCGAAGCUCCUAGACCCAAAGGACAAAAAUCCCAGAAGGGACAAAAAAAUCGAGCUGCAUCCGACGAUGAUGAUGAUUUUGUUGCAAAGUCCAAAGGUAUCAAAAAUAGUAAAGGCAAAAAAGGUAGAAAGAAUGUUUCUGACGAUGAUGAUGAUGAAUCUGAAGACGAACAACCCCAAAGAGGUAAAGGAAAAGGAAAAAAAGGAAGAAAAGCUUCAGAGUCGGAAGAAGAUAUGAGCAGCGUUUCAAAAAUCAAAGUCAGCAAAAAAAAUGCUCCCAAAGCAGCACCUGCAAGAGGGGGCUUCGCGUUGUUGGAAAUCGAUGACGACAACGACGACGAGCCUGAGGAGCAGCCAAUGAGCGAAGAUGAAUCAGAAAAGGCUGUAAGUGUGGAAAGAAUCAAGGGAUCGAAACCUCAAGAACCUCAAGGCAAGAAAGGCAAAAAAGGGAAAAAGAAGCGCAAUGACAGUGAGGAGGAUAUCGAAAAAGUCCUGGCAGAAUUGGAGAUGGAAUACUCGGGCAAAAAAGUAGAAUCCAAAGCAGCUGCGCCGAUAGAGCCGGAAGAAGAAAAAUCGGAGGAAAAAAGUAAUAAGAAAAAAGAGAUAGAAACAAAUGACAAGAACGAAGAGGAGGUUGAUCAAGAUGGAAGAACUGUUAAGACCGCUGCUCAGAAAAAAAAGGAGAAGAAGGAACGUGAGAAGCAGAAAAAAUUGGCACAGAAAAAAGCAGAAACCGGCAAAAAACCCGAAAGCAAUGACACAACAAAAGGAGACUCGACCGAGAUAAAAAUCGACAAGGUAGAGCAACCAGUUGUCAAGGCCCAAGAAUCAGUUGAAGGCGAAGUUGAUGGCGAAGCUGGAGAGGAUACCAAGAAGAAAAAGAAAAAAGGCGCUGCAAAAGAAGAGCCCAAAGAGAAAAUGAAAGGACCUGGACGAAAAAUAGUAGCUGCUAUGCAAGAAGCUUUGAAAAAGGCAAAAGAGGAUGAGGAGCGAUUACGACGAGAGGAAGAGGAGAGGAUAGCUUUAGAAGAAGCUCGAGAAAAAGCUCGUCUGGAGCAGUUGCAACUCGAACAGGAGAGAAAAGAGAAGAAAAAGUUGAAGGAAAAGCAAAGAAAAGAGCGAUUGAAAGCUGAAGGCAAACUUUUGACGACGAAGCAAAAGCAAGAUCGUGCGAGAGCACAAGCAAUGUUGGAAGCAUUGAAGGCUCAAGGACUAGAUCUCCCAGCGCCUGGAGAAAAAAAGAAGGGUCGACCCUCGUUGGGCACACGGAUAAGACCCAACAAAAUGAAACAACGUCCCAGCAUCGAGGAAAAAGAUGAUAAAAAGUCCAACGACGAAGAGAAGACUGAUUGCGUUCAAGUUGAAAUCGUUGAUCAACAACCCACAGCCGAACAGGAGCCUAAAAAAGAAGAAGAAGUUAAGGACUCUUGGGACGUUGAUACGAGCGAGGGAGAACCUGAAGAGGAAAAAUCGGAUGAAAGACCGAAAGGUUCAGAAAUGAAGGUAGAAAAAGAAGGUUCGAAGAAGAAGCGGAAUAAUGAAGAAAAGGCGGACGAGAAGAAGGAAUGUUCCGAGAGUGAUUCCGAGUCGGGAACUGGCGAUUCAGAUUCUGAGGAAGGAAGCGAGGAUGAUGAAGACGAAGAUGAGGAAGAUGAUGAUGAGGAAGAGGAGGAAGAGGAGGAAAGUAGUCCCGAGGACAAAAUGACUGAUGCGGAGCGCAAAAAAGAAAAAGCAAGGCAACGCAUAAUGAAUCGGCGUAUAGAAGCAGAAAAGAAUAGAACUUUGGAUGUUCUCAGGGCUGCAGUUGUCUGUGUGCUUGGUCAUGUAGAUACGGGAAAAACUAAAAUUUUGGAUAAAUUGAGAAGAACUAAUGUUCAGGACGGUGAAGCUGGUGGAAUCACUCAACAAAUCGGUGCGACGAAUGUUCCGAUCGAAGCCAUUCAGGAUUCGGCGAGACAUGUCAGAGGGUUCGCUGAGAAAGAGUUCAGAAUACCCGGCCUAUUGAUCAUAGACACACCUGGUCACGAGUCAUUCAGUAAUUUGAGAAAUCGUGGUUCGUCGCUGUGCGACAUAGCGAUUCUCGUCGUCGAUAUAAUGCACGGUUUAGAACCUCAAACGAUAGAAAGUAUAAACCUACUAAAAGCUAAAAAAUGUCCGUUCGUCGUGGCUUUGAAUAAAAUUGACAGGCUAUACGAUUGGCAAACGAUGAAUCGUAAAGACGUUCAGGACAUUAUCAAGGCUCAGGCGAUCAAUACUCAACGAGAAUUCGAGAAACGUUCCAAGGACACGAUCGUGCAGUUUGCGGAGCAGGGUCUGAAUGCAGCGCUUUUCUACGAGAACCCUGAUCCGAGGAGUUACGUUUCGCUCGUACCGACCAGCGCCAUAACUGGUGAGGGAAUGGGAAAUCUUUUGGCGUUGAUAGUCGACGCUUGUCAGGGGCCUUUGGCGAAGCGAUUGAUGUUCAGCGAGGAGCUCCAGGCGACGGUUCUCGAGGUCAAAGCGCUUCCUGGUCUUGGCACAACGAUCGAUUGCAUUCUGGUGAAUGGAACUCUUCGAGAGGGUGACACGAUGAUCGUCGCGGGUACGGACGGUCCCAUAGUAACACAAAUUCGGUCACUUCUCGUUCCUCAGCCUCUCAAAGAGCUCAGAGUAAAGAGCGCCUACAUCGAGCAUCGUCAGCUCCGGGCAGCACAAGGAGUCAAAAUAGCAGCGAAGGAUCUUGAGAAAGCAAUUGCUGGUCUCAACCUUCAAGUAGCCCAAAAACCUGACGAAGUCGAAGUCUUGAAAGAAGAAACUGCUAAAGAAUUGAGCAAAGCCCUAGGCAAUAUAAAACUUGCUGAACGUGGUGUUUUCGUUCAAGCUUCAACUCUCGGAGCUCUCGAGGCUCUACUCGACUUUUUGAAGAGUAACAAAAUUCCGUAUGCCGGAAUACGCAUCGGGCCUGUCGUCAAAAAGGACGUUAUGAAAGCAUCUAUAAUGUUGGAGCACGAUAGUCAGUACGCGACGAUCUUAGCUUUCGACGUAAAAGUCGAGAGAGACGCCCAAGAGCUGGCCGAUUCUCUAGGGGUCAAGAUUUUCGUGGCUGACAUAAUUUAUCAUCUCUUCGACAAAUUCACCGGCUUCAGGGAAGAACUGAAGCAACGAAAGCGGGACGAGCACAGGCAUAUUGCAGUUUUUCCUUGCAAGUUGCGCGUCCUUCCGCAGCACAUUUUCAACUCGAGAGAUCCCAUCGUUAUGGGCGUCAUGGUGGAGGCUGGAAUCGUACGGGAUGGCACUCCGGUUUGCGUUCCCAGCAAAGAGUUCGUUGAUCUGGGCAUCGUAACGAGUAUAGAAUACAAUCACAAGACGGUUGAUUCUGCGAGAAAAGGUCAAGAGGUGUGUGUCAAAAUCGAGCCGGUACCGGGCGAAGCGCCCAAGAUGUAUGGUCGACAUUUCGACGAAAAAGAUUUCAUCGUCAGCAAGAUAAGUCGACAGAGUAUAGAUGCCUGCAAGGACUACUUCCGGGACGAUUUGCUCAAGACAGACUGGCAAUUGAUGGUCGAGCUGAAGAAGCUCUUUGAGAUUCUGUAAACUCAUCGACGUCUCGAGAAAACGAGAGAAGAAACGCGAGAAGAAAAACGGCCAAAAGGAGAAAACAAUGAGGCGAAAGAAAGUCGAGAUUCGGAAAGCUUCCGAGCUCGAGAGAGUAUUUUCUAUUAUUUUUAUCAUUGAUGUUGAAAAAUGCUCGAUCGCCCCCGGUGGAUAACUAUUAUUUGCGUGUGUGUGUGUGUGUGUGAGUGUGCGAAAAGCGAUAAGAAUUGUUCAGUGCGAUAAGAGUUUUAAGUGCGCGCGCAGGUCGACGAGAAUGUCAAUGAAUCGUUCAGUCGACAUCGACGUGAACAUCGAUUUACACAAUUGUGUUUUUUUUCUCAGUUUUAUUUUCAAUGCAAACGUCCGUAACAUCCGUACAUAAACAAUAUACACUAUGUGAUACGAAAAUAUUGAUACCGAAGAUAUUUUCGUUCGGACGUACGAGCCGCCAGAAUAAAAUCUCACUCAUCAGUCGUCGUGCUGAUUAACUGAGGAGAAACGCUCGCAAAAAAACAACAUCGAUUUUGUGGGAAAGCCAAUUUUUUGUCAUUUUUACCCCCGAGUGCAAUUGUCCACGGACUCCGAAGCUGAUUAUCUUGCAACGAAAUCGUCGCGUCCCCUUCCGAGAUUUACCGAUUCUCCACUCGCUCAUAAUAAUUCUUCUCCAACUCGCUUGUAUACUCAUUUCUACGCUUCAUUUUUUUUUUUUCUCCUCACCAAGUCCAUCGAUCGAGAAGAAAAUGAUGAAACUUUUAUUCACAAUCACCCUCACAUUUGUACCACUAAUUAUUGUAAAUAAGCGCCUACAUUUUUUCUUAAAAAACAAACAAAAUUAAGAUAACAAGGGAUAUACGAUUAUUGAGUGAAAGGGAUAACCGUUGCUCGAUGGGACGACGGAUGCAAAUGAUAUUGAAAUCUUAUAUUAUACACGAAAAAAAAUUAAUCAAAGGGAGAAAAAAUGUGGAGACUAAAUAAAGAAAUUCAUUUUGCGAAUUCGUAAGAUAAUAAAAAAAGCCCUAAUUGUAAAAAUGGAGCGUUGGGUGCUGCUGUCUGUUUUUUCUUCCCUCCCGAAGAGCCUGCUACGAAAGAGACGAACGUCUGCUUCCGGGGCGUUAGAUUGGGUGCAUCAAAAAUUGCGAUUAUAAAAAGUGGCGCCGAGAAAGAGAAUUCGAGAAUGAAGGAGAGAAGAUGGAGAAAGUAAAAGUAGUAAUUUGCUCUAGAUAGGAAUAUAGAAAAGAAAAUGAUGAAAAGAAAGGAAUAAAGCCUACGAGGAUUUUAAUAUCAUCACUUAAUAUGUAAAGGAAGCAACGUGCUUGAGUUACGAAAAGUUGAUACGAUCCAACGACAUUCGACAUUUUGCAGGCCUCGAUUUGCUCGAACGAUGAAUACGAGACGAGGAUAGAGGCUUGCAGCGCGAGUAACAAAUUGUGGUGAAUAGGAAUCGAGAGUGCGUGUGCAUGAUUGUCUGUGAAUAAGUGUUUGUCAGGUGCGAACAAAGGUUACUUCGAACAAUUGAAUAUAUGUGAUUAUUCGCAGUUACAAUUUAUUGAUGCCAAGGUAGAGAAUUUCAACCAACAGUUUUUAUUCGAUCGGAAUUCUUGCGAUGAAUUACUUGAACGAUCCGGAAAAAACCAACGAUCGUUGAGAAGUUCUGCGAACAACAUUUUUUUAAAAUAUUCACUUAACAAUCGUAAAAACUUUGAAUUUCCAAGGAUUUAUCAAAAUCACUUGGAUGAAUUACUUUUUUCGCUAGCAAGGAAAAGUCUUGAAAACGUUUAACCGUCAAAUGGGAAUUGGCAAAAUGACCGGCGAGAAAAAAAUGUAAUAGGAAAAUGCUUUCACCGUGAACCAAAAUUGUCAAGUACGAAUGUAUACGUGGGUGUAAUUAUUUCGAUAUUACAAAAAGGAGAAAUAAAAGUAAAAGAUUUUUUUGAA